AUAUUCCUUGGUCGCAUGACCACAGGCUUAGAAGUGCCUCUUGACCCUAAGGUUCUGGAAGGAUUACCACAGCCUCCCACUAUAACCCACCAAUCCUCUAAGGAUUUCAUCAUCGACCCUCGGGAGAACAUCCUCAUCUACUGUGAGGCCAAAGGGAAGCCGCAUCCCAGCUUUUCCUGGACACGGAAUGGGACGCAUUUUGACGUGGAGAAGGACUCUAAGGUGUUGAUGAAGCCGAGCUCAGGGACGCUGGUCAUAGACAUCAGUGGGGAGAAGGCUGAGGCCUACGAGGGGAUCUACCAGUGUACCGCACGCAACGAGCACGGGACCGCAGUUUCCAACAACAUCGUCAUCAGACAGUCGAGGUCCCCCUUGUGGUCGAAGGAGAGGAAAGAGGCAAUCAUGGUACAGGUGGGAGUGUCUCUGGUGCUGCAGUGUCGACCCCCUGCGGGCCUGCCCCCUCCCAUCAUCUUCUGGAUGGACAACAACUUCCAGCGCCUGCCUCAGAACACGCGUGUGUCCCAGGCGUUAAACGGAGACCUGUACUUCUCUAACGUCCUAUUGGACGACACCAGGAACGACUACAUCUGUUACGCCCGCUUCCCCCACACACAGACCAUCCAGCAGAAACAACCCAUCACUGUCAAGGUCCUGGACAGUGAUCCAUCGGGGGAGCGGCGACCCAGCUUCAUGGCUCCUCCGGGGCAGAGCAGCACCCAGAUGGCCCUGAGGGGAGGGGUUCUGGAGCUGGAGUGUAUCGCUGAAGGACUCCCGACUCCGGAGGUGUCCUGGUAUAAGGAGAGUGGCGAUCUUCCUAGCAGCCGGAUGUCCUUCCACAACUUCCAGAAGACGUUGAAGAUCGCAGAUGUGAUGGAGGCGGACGCCGGGGACUACCGCUGCACGGCCAAGAACAGCCUAGGCUCCGCCCAUCACAUCAUCAAAGUCAACGUCAAAGCGGCUCCGUUCUGGAUCAGUGCCCCCAGGAACCUGAUCCUGGCCCCGAAGGAGACGGGCAUCCUCACCUGCAGAGUCAGUGGAGACCCCAAGCCCCAAAUCGCCUGGUCCGUCAACGGAGUCCCCAUCGAAGACUCUCCAAAGGACAUGAGUCGGAAGGUGGAGGACGACACAGUGAUUCUGAGCGACGUCCAGACCGGCUCCAGCGCUGUCUACCAAUGCAACGCCUCCAAUGAGUUUGGCUACCUGCUGGCUAAUGCUUUUGUCAAUGUGCUUGCCGAAGCACCAAGGGUGCUGACUCCCCCCAACAAUGUGUACCAGGUCAUCACCAACAAUCCUGCCUUCCUGGAUUGUGCCUCGUUCGGCUCGCCCAUACCAACCAUCACAUGGUUUAAGGACAGUCAGACCAGUAUCCUGAAUAGAGACCCAUAUGUGAUCCAUAAUAACGGUACCUUAGAGAUCAACGUAGCCCAGUCCCUGAACAGUGGCAAGUACACCUGUAUAGCCUCCAACAACCUGGGAACCAGGGAGAACCAUGUCUACCUGGAGGUCAAAGAGCCGACGAGGAUCCUGGCCCAGCCAGAGUACAUGGUGGUCCAGAGGAACAGAAAGGCAGUGUUUGAGUGUAAAGUUAAACACGACCCCACCCUCAUCCCCACCAUGAACUGGCUCAAAGACAACGGAGAGCUGCCUGACGACGAGAGGUUCUUGGUGGACACUGACAGUCUGACCAUCAACGACGUGACAGAGGAGGACGAGGGAACCUAUACCUGUGUCAUGAACACCACCCUGGACCAGGACUCAGCUAGCGCCAUGCUCACCGUCGUUGAGGCUACUCCAACUCCUGCUAUUGUCUACGAGGAACCAGACCCUCCUACAGACCUGGAGCUGACUGACCAGAGAGAGAGGAGCGUCCAGCUCACCUGGAUACCCGGGGACGAACACAACAGCCCCACACAGAAGUUCCUAGUCCAGUAUGAGGACCUGCUCCACCAGGCUGGGGUGUGGCACAACCUGACAGAGGAGGAGGGCACCAAGACCACGGCCCACCUGGACCUGUCCCCCUACGCAUACUACUCCUUCAGGGUUCUGGCCGUGAACCAUGUGGGCUACAGCCGGCCCAGCCAGCCCUCCAGACAGUACAGGACCAACCCUGCAGCUCCAGAUGUGAAUCCAACAGAUGUCCAUGGUGUUGGAACUGAACACAAUAACUUAGUCAUCUCAUGGAAAGAGCUGACAGGCCUCCAGUCCAACGGGCCAGGACUACAGUACAAGGUGAACUGGAGACAGAAGGAUGUGGAGGAGGACUGGUCGUCUGAGACCGUGGCUAACGCCUCCAAGUAUGUGGUGUCAGGCACACCCACUUUCGUACCCUACGAGGUCAAAGUUCAGGCGGUGAACGACUACGGAAACGGACCAGCGCCCGAGGCGGUGGAGGGAUACUCUGGAGAGGACGUGCCCAUGUCAGCCCCAGAGAGUGUCCAGGUGCUAGUUCAGAACGGGACGCUAGCAGAGGUUCACUGGGAGCCUGUCCUCACCUCCGUGGUCAGGGGACGACUCCAGGGAUACAAGGUGUCCUACUGGCGUGAGCGUAGCCUCCACCAGGCAGAGGCACAGCAGGAGGAGCAGCAGGUGUUGGCCUUCAGUGGAAACAGGACUGACGGCAGACUACCAGGCCUCAAACCCUACAGCCUCUACACACUGAACAUCAGGGUGGUCAACGGCAAGGGAGAGGGGCCCCCCAGCCCCAACCACAACUUUGAGACCCCCGAGGGAGUCCCAGGUCCUCCUUCCUUCUUGCAUAUAAAGAACACCAACAUGGACUCUCUGACGCUGGAGUGGGGUCCUCCACAGGACAACAACGGUCGCCUCACCGGCUACACACUCAAAUACCAGCCAGUCAACAGCUCCAAUGAGCUUGGUCCCGUUGAGGAGAUGGUGUUCCCAGCCAAUGAGACCACCGUAAUCCUGUCCGACCUCAAGUACAGCACGCGCUAUAAGUUCUACUUCAACGCUAAGACCAUCAAGGGCUCCGGCCCAACCAUCACAGAGGAGGCUGUCACUAUCAUGGAUGAAGUGCAUUCGAUAGGCCCGGCGUUCACCAAUGUAAACUCAUCUGUGGUGGGAGAGGAGGGAGCAGUGAUAAGUUGGGAAUACUUUGGACCAGAUAAGAAUGUGUACGUGGAGUAUAUUGUAGAAAACAGUAAAGAAGACUGGACAAAAGAGUUUGUAAACGGCAGUAGCGGGUCCCAGACCUAUCUGAUAAAGGGCUUAAAGCCGGGGACGUCCUAUAGGGUUCGGGUGGUAGUUAAAGAUCACUCUGAGGCUACCAUACACAGUACAGAGGAGCUAGUGAUAACACUGCCAGCAAUGAAAAGCAACCAGGUAGACCUAGCCACUCAGGGUUGGUUCAUAGGGCUGAUGUGUGCCAUCGCUCUCCUCAUCCUCGUCCUUCUCAUCAUCUGCUUCAUCAAGAGGAACAAGGGAGGGAAAUACCCAGUGAAAGAAAAAGAAGAUGCUCAUCAUGACCCAGAGAUCCAGCCUAUGAAGGAUGAUGAUGGGACGUUUGGAGAGUACAGUGACACGGAGGACCACAAGCCUCUGAAGGGAAGCCGGACGCCGUCCAACGGAACGGUGAAGAGGGACGACAGUGAUGACAGCCUGGUGGACUACGGCGAGGGAGGGGAUGGGCAGUUCAACGAGGAUGGAUCCUUCAUCGGCCAGUACAGCGGCAAGAAGGAGAAAGACACGCACGAGGGCAACGAGAGCUCCGAGGCCCCCUCGCCGGUCAACGCUAUGAACUCCUUCGUCUAGUUAGAUAGACAGUCGCCGCUAGCCGAUGGCGAUGCCAUGACGACUGGCUGCCAUGGAAACCGUCACUAUGUUGACCUGACCUGUCACCAUGGAGACCUGCCACCAUAAGGACGUGUCACCACGGAGUCUCAUCACCGUGGUGACCUGUCACCGUGGCCACCCAUCACCAUGGCUACUUCUGUCACACCCUGUCAUCUCUCCACAGCCUGCCCCUCCUGCCCGCCAACU